AUCAACAACAGUUUAUUUCAAGCGUUCGCUUAAGUUGCUCAGCUACAUUACUGCGAUCGACGCACGGCAAGUACAGAUUUGUGAAUGUGACAGUAACGUGCAGUGCCGGUAAACGCGCAUUCUUUGCCGGCGUCCUUGCUAGUUCUAACCGGAAGAAUCGAAAGUCGAAGUCCUGCGAGAAAUUUUCCUAACAGAUUGUCAUAAACUGACGUUUGUUUUGUUCAUAUGUGCAAUCACUGCGGCUUUAAAAACUUUUUAAAGUUACAUUUGUCACGUGGAUUUUAAAUCGACGCGAUAUCGAAAGCUUUACGUUUCUAUUGGACAUUAAUAAGCUCCUGUUAGUAUGUAGGCAAAAAAGAAAAAAAAACUUCUUUCCAAAUGUAAUUGGAUCUCAUCUACUUAAUGUUAAAGUGAUAAUUGUCUUCAAAAUUAAAAAACGAAAUCAAUUGAUUGACGAUUAUCAAAUUUGUGUGAAGUGUGCGAUUGUUUAAAAUAGAAAAAAAAACAUGUCGAAAGUAACAAACAUUUUUAUACUGUUCCUUUCAAUUAUUCCUACCGUAAUAUUGGGGCGAGCCACAUCUCCCCUAAUCGAGGAAGACGGCCCCAGGGCGAGAAAUAGAGCAGCAGAAUGCGUAUUUGGAAAAGAAGUAAAAGAACUUGGAUCGCAGUGGGUGCCAGACCUUGGAGUUCCGAUUGGGGUGUUGUACUGCAUGAAAUGCGAAUGUGUCCCGUUUCACAAAAAGCGAAGAAUUGUGGCGAGGGUUCAAUGCAGAAAUAUAAAGAAAGAGUGCCCCAUUCCAAGUUGCGAUGAACCAGUUUUAGCCCCUGGGCGCUGCUGCAAAGUAUGCCCCGGCGAUAAUUACAAUCCCGAUAUCAUUCAAGAUAUCGUACCUCAAAGUACCAUCGAUGAGGAUGAAAAGAGUAACAAGCAUUUCGCAGCGCUGCUUACGGUACGUUCUUCGUUAAUUCUUCGCAACGACGACAUGCAACCCAUUCCCAACGAGAAUAAAAACAACGUGGUUGCGACCGGAAGGUUCACCAUCCAGAAAAAGAACCUUUACUAUUCAUUUUACAUAUCCGACAAGGCGGCUCGACCUAGAGCACUCCAAUUCGUUGACCACGAUGGGUCCAUUUUGGAAGAGCACACUCUUUCUAGUGCCGGAGGACACGUGUCCAGUUCAUAUCAGAACGUCACCAGAAAGGUGUGCGGAGUAUGGAGAAGGCUGUCCAGAAAUUAUAGGAGACUCCUCAAGGAAGAAAAGAUGUUCGUGGUUUUAAUGUGGGGAACGAAAGAUGUUACGGAAUUUACUUUAAGCGGUCAAAUCAUGAAAUACGUAGCUCUUGGAACGGAACUGUUUAGUUCUCUCUUGGAACCAGCUCCAAAUUCAGAUCUGACUCUGAUGGCGGGAAGUGGUGGUACCGCAAUCGUUUCCGCAUCCACAGGAUUAUCUCCAUCGAUUCAUAUUGCCGUCGUUUUUAAUGGAAUUUUCACUGCGAACGAAACGUCCAAUGUACCGGUUAAUAUCACGUUAUCUCUCGACGAGAGAAGGCAAAUCAUAUUGGAAGAGAAAGUAAAAGUAUCUAAACCAGUCCAUGAGCUUAAUGUGAUCGAAGUAAGAUCGCCAGUAUCUCCAGCGGAUUUACGUCUGUUGACCAGGGGAAGAUUAGUACUAUCUGUAUCGUCAGUAUCAAGACCGGAAGCUCUACGAUUAAGUGGAAACGUUCUCACAAAAACGACGUGUGAGCUAUUCCAAACGACAUUGAAUUCGUCUGGAAAUGACAAGAACGCAAAUCCUCAUGGUGCUUCUGGUCUCGCUUGGGUUUACCUCAAUAGCGAAGGGUCCUUGGUAUACAACGUUCAAAUAGAAAAUCUGAAAGAAAACCAAUUGCCAGCCUUCAUCACUUUAAAUGAUGCAAGUACUAAAAGGAAAACCGAAUUAGAAGAUCUAACGCCAUAUUUCAAUAACGGUUGGGCUAAUGGAACUUUAGACAAAUUGAGUCCUAGAGUUUUGGAGCCCUUGUACUCGGGUAAUAUCGUAGUAAACGUUACGAUUCCGGGCUUUAACAGUUUGAUAAGGGGGCGAUUAAGUCCACGAUUCGUGGCAGAUGCGAGAGACGCACCAGCUCCUACGUUACUUAGACGGGAAGAUUCUGAAUUACCUGUGUCAACUACGGGAAUGGUGUGGUUAAAUGUGGACGGAGACUGUCAAAUUCAGUACGACGUAACAUUGGGAGGGUCAACAUUUAGCGAUCGUAAAAUGGAACUCGUAUUAGAAACAUUGCCAAUGAUUGCACCGGGUGCACCGGUUAUCACAAGAGUUUUGGAAGAAUUUCGAGGAAAUCAAGUAGAAGGUGCAUCGACAGAACCGUUACCUAGGGAAGAAUUAAUGAGACUUGGUACUGGGGUUGCUUUCGUAAAGAUUAUCGAUAAAACCCAACAGAAGGAAUUACUAAAAACAACUUUACCCCAGAUCAAAUUACCGUCUUCCUGUGCACCAUAUUUUCCCGAAAACGAUAUUCCAACGCAAGUUCUUGAUCCUUCGUAUAUAGGUCAUAUAGAAGCUUGCUUUCACGAAGGAAAAUUCUACCAAGAAGGAGAUCAGUGGACAACGUCGGAUCCGUGCACAAUGUGUUUUUGUCAAAAUGGUAAUCCCAAGUGUGACACGAUGAGUUGUCCUAAGGUCCCAUGCUCUGGCAAUCAAAGAACAAAAGAACCUGGAGAAUGUUGCCCGGUAUGUUUGAACUCGUCGUAUUUAUCUAGUGAAUUGAGCGGGACUAAAAAAUGCUCGUUUGGUGGAAAAUUUUAUUCCCCUGGAAGUUAUUUUCACCCGUUCUUAAUUCCGAGUGGUUUCGAUCUUUGCACGGAUUGUUACUGCGAUCCUGGAACUUUUGAAGUGAAAUGUACCCGACAGAACAACGAUAAGCUUUGCUGUAAAAAUUGCCCAGUAACAAAAGCAUUCGUCGAUUCGGAAAACGAAACAUACGUGAACGAUCCCAGUAGUCCAAACGUUAUUUACUCGUUUUUAAAGCCUGUGACAUCCACCAGAUCUCCUCAGGAGAUCUUAGCAGCCGGUGGAUGCAAAAACUUUGAAAAUCCAAGUCAACCUUACGAAAACGGGCAGAAGUUUCAUCCCUGGAUUGCUUCUUUGGGAGAAUACAAGUGUGUCACGUGCAAAUGUAAAGUAAGUACAAAAUAACUUACUGUUUAUUGCAAUUUUAUUAACCAUAAUGCUUAAGUAUAAUAACGGAUCAGGUAGGAAAUCUGUAAUGGCAUUAGUUAUUUAAGAAAAAGAUACACUAUUGGAAAGUUUUAUUAGAAAAAGUGCUACCAAGUUUCGGACACGUGACCAUUUUCAAAGGAAUAAAGUAAAUUAUAUACUAAAGUACUAAAACGAACACAGCAGAACUUAGUCAAAUUAAUAAAUGGUAAUUGGGAAUCUAUGAAACUUAACUGUAAUUGGUCAUUUACAAGAUUUUUGUUACGAUCCGAGAAGCCGUAUUUUUUAUCUUUUUUUACUAAUAUAUACUGUAAAUAUGUUUUUUUAUUCUUAUAUUUAUAGAUCUCCCACUUUGCCCAAUGUAGAUUCACAAGAAUUGCACUUAAUUCUAUAUAUUCCUUUUUUUAUGUCACAGUAGUUGCAUCUCCCAAUGUUAAUUUAAUAAAAAAAAGACAGACAGAGUGAUCCUAUAUCCUACUUAAUGUUAUAGUUAAGAAAACAUGUUCUCCUCUACAUUCAAACUGCAAAUGGAAAUUUGUAAGCACAAUACUGUUUUGCUGAAAGAUUUAUCACGUUAUCUUCAGGCCAAUCGACUUCUUAUUAAUUUUUCUGUAAUCUAUAAGUAAAGAACUAUUUUCUGUAUUUUUUUUCAAAAUUUUAGGUUCAGUGGUUUCGGAGAUAAGGGAAGACGAACGGUCAAUAUUCAUCUAUUUGCUUAAAUAAUUUUAAAACUAUUUAUUUCAAAACAAAUAUAUUUGAGGCCCCUAUAACAUUUGAUAUGUUACACGGCAUAGUUUGCAAAACUUUUCUUUUUAAUUUCCUAUUGACCCCCCAGAAAUGACCCCCAUGUUCAAAAUUAAUUUACUUGGAUACGUUAUGCAUUCGUGUUUGGAUCAUAGAAAUAUGUGUCCUAAAUUUCAACUGAAUCGAUCUGGUACAUUCGGAGCAUAUUGACUGUAACAGACUGACAGACAGGUACACAAGUGAUUUUAUAAUGGUUCCGUUUUUCAUUCGGACGUAGGGAACCCUAAAAAGCUAUACAGUAGCGUGUUACAAUUUUGACGUGACAACGUCUUAUAAUUCGAUGGAGCCGGCUGCACGCACGAAAAAACAUGACU